AUGGAAAGGGACGGGAAAACAAUCUUUCUGUUUGAUGUAGACGGAACGCUUUCCGAAUCGAGGGCUUUAAUGACUGAAAAGAUGAGGAGGAUGCUGGAGAUGCUUAAGAAGAAGACACUCAUAGGGUUUGUUGGAGGGUCUGAUCUUGAGAAGCAGAGGGAACAGAUCGGAGACAAUCUUCUCGAACUGUUUGACUAUGGAUUUCCCGAAAAUGGUGUCAGCUUCUACAAAAACAAGACUUUAAAGUCACAGGAGAAGAUAAUUGAUGUUCUUGGAAAGAAGUUUUACAAGGAGUUUGAAGAGUUUGUUCUUGAAUAUAUUAACAAAAUGGAUAUUCCUGUAAAGAGGAGCAAAUUCAUUGAAUAUAGGAAUUCUAUGAUUAAUGUUAGCCCAGUAGGAAGAGAUUGCACCAGAGAGGAACGAAAACAGUUUUUUGAGCUUGAUAAGAAAGAGAAGUUUAGAGAAAAGAUGGUGGAGGCCAUGAGAGAAAGAUUCAAGGAUAGCUGUUUGGUAUUUUCUAUUGGAGGCCAAAUAUCGAUUGAUUGUUUCCCAAGGGGCUGGGACAAGACAUACUGCCUAAGGCAUAUAAAGGACGAGGGAAUCGAGAAUGUGUAUUUCUUCGGGGACAUGACAAUGGAAGGAGGGAAUGAUUACGAGAUCUUUAACCAUAAAGAUGUUAAUGGAACAACCGUUAAAAAUCCUGAUGACACCUACCUGAAAGUGGACCAAAAGCUAAAGGAGAUAGGUCUUGGGGGCUUGAAUGAAAAUUAA